AAAGAUCCCGUCUUAUCGUAUACAAACUUUUGAUGCGGUGAUCUCGAGCCAAGUCGAACGGGAAUGGAUAUAGCGGCAUCGGUAGUUACUCAUCUUUCUUUCGAGUAGAACGUAGUAAAAAUGCUGGAAAAAUAUUCAAAGGAUUUUUCUUUUGGCAAACGUUCAAAAAUAUUCUCUGCGACGAACUAGAAAGAUUUGACGAUGCAUCUGCCUCGGCGAUUUUACGAUAUUAAUUAUUGCCUUAAUAGGAAAAGCGUGCUUUCUCGAUUAUUCGCGAUAUGUCUUUUAUAAUUUGAUACAAAAAACAUAGAAAGCUCUUUUCGCUCGAUAAAUGCGUAUUAAUCUUAAUCGCAUUUUAUUAUUUUCUCUUAUUUCUUUGGCAGAACGGCUCGCGUGUCCAUUAGCGUUAUUAAAUCUUCUUUUAUCAGUGAUCAGGGAAUAACUCGAGGGCAACUAGAGAAGUAAAUAUAUUUACGUAAAAGUACAUGCAAUACUAAACAUACUUAUCGAAAUGAAAUUCGAUAUGGUAAAUCGUAUAUGGUGCAUUUGUAAAAUGAAUUCUUUUGAUAAAAAACAAUAACCCUCUGUGCGUGACAACGGCUCCUUUUCGAGAUACCUAAUCUUCGAAAAGCCCUAAACGAUUCGAUAAAUCUGGCUAGACGGUCGACUUUAAGAACGAGUAAACUCCGGAAGUAGUUUGCAGCUUAUCACAAUCUUAUCUUUGGUCGUAGGAUAGAUUUAUCGAUCUUUAUCGACUCCUCGAACUUACCACCGCUCUCUGCGGUGUCAUAUGAACUUUCGUCGAAGACCUUUGAAAUAUCUCAGAGUUAAAAAUAGAUCGAUCAAAUUUGAUGUAAAUGGUGUUCAACGGAAAAGGAGAUUCUCGUUUGGCUUUUAGGAAUAUACAUGGCAUCUCCAUAAAAGUGCUCCGAAAUCAAUAUGUUACUGCGGUUUUGUCGAGCCGCGCGAUUAAUCACGUCGUCGUCCCAAUGAAUAAGGGUUGCCUCGUCGUAGGUGGACGCGUUUGGGUUGGCACGAUGAAUAUUAGGGUGCCAGCUACGAAGGGUUUCGAAGAUCCGAUCUAAUUUAUCAAGCAGCUGACACGGCUUUUCUCGAUCCCGAGCGAGGAUCGCGAGAUGCGCAUCUACGAUAAGCGCAUCCUCGAAUCUUGGAAGUUCUCCUGAACAAAAUUUUCCUUCCACGCUACAGACUUCCUAUGCGUUUAGUAUCUCUUCGAGACUAAAGGGAUUCUUCGAUUUUAUCGCGUUCUCUUUUUAAAUCUAAUCUUAAUAUUCUUCAACUAUAAAUGAGGUAUAAAUUAAAACAAAUCUCAAGGAAAUCUUUCGUGACGUAAGAACUCCGGAAAGGUCCAUCGAGCGACGUUAAUAAGCGUUUGAUAUUGCGUCUGAAAUCUCUACUGGUACCCUUCUAAUGACGGAGGGAAAGUUAAUCGGCCGGCGACUAGACGAAACAUUAGGGUCGAACUUUUGGGAAGUAGAUGGGUCGCGUCAACUCAACCAGCAGGAUGCUCCUCGUUCUCUCGAAAGAUCGCACGAUGUACGAUGAUAAGCGGCAGGCUUUAAAGGAACGCCACUUCCGGACCGCUGCGUUCUCAUGGGUACCGUCUAAUAGAAGGGUUCAUUACGCCUAGAAUCCCUCGCGGGAUUCGUGUUAAAUCUUAAUCGGUUGUUCGAUAAAUCGUAGCGAUCUUUUUAUAAAUCUUUCGUCUCGAAGGAGAAUAGAGAAUUUUGAUUGAGCAAACGAUCAGCUUCAAGGAAUUGAACUUGAUGUCCUCGAUAUUAUAUUCUCUCGCGAAUAUAAUAUCCUUGCCGAGAGAGCGACGUCGCCUCGUGAAGGUUGGCAAAAAGGAAGCAACGAAACGUCUUAUCCGCGCAACUAAGAGCAUCGAGAUAAGCAUCGCGCGAACACGUGCAAGUCUCUAGUGCGGCGUAUGAAAGAGACGAGCGAGCGAGAAAGAGAGAGAGAGAGAACGAGAGAGAGAGAGAGAUAAAAAGAGCGGAAGGAGACGGAUGAAUUGCCUCGGUCCUCGAAGGUGAUACACGCACGAGUCGAGCCGCAAUCGUGUGCGUGCACGAUGUACCGGAUAUGCAAGCACGCGACGACUUCGGUGCGCCGAGUAACACGUGAAUGCGUCUUUGCGACGGAUGUUUAUCCGCGAACGUGUCUGGCAAUACAAGAGACGUCGCAUAUUUCUCUCUGUCGUCGACGCGAAAUCGACGAAGACGCUGACGGAUCGUCGACGGUACGCCGACGACUUCGAACGUCGUGCCGUACAAUUUGAUGGAUCGUCGAAUUCUAUUGGAAGGUAGAAUACUCGCUUUCGCGCCGAGCAUUCUCGUAGAAUGCCAAGAAAAAUUGACGGUCGAAUGACGAACUCGGGUUUUUAUUCGCGUCUUUACACGCGUCUUCUUUCAUUGUGUCUCAAGGAGGAACGAGAAAAAUGAAAGGUCGCGAGAUAUAUUUUUUUUUUGUCCUCCGAGCAAAUUAAUCCUUCUGGUUAGGAAGAAUUAGUACAAAACAAUUAGUCGUUGGUGCGCUUCGUCUGAUUCACUCGAUGACUUGCUCUCUGUUUUUCUUCUCGUCCCUUGGCAACUUGGUCUAUAAUUAUAUCUUUGCCAUUAUAUCCUCCAGCGAGGCGCACGGAUCGCUGCCCUAAGUCGCGAGUCGUCUUCGCGGCUAUUUCGAGAAGAACACGGGACAGGAACGAAUUAAAGUUUUCGUCGAUCGUGCUCGAAGCUUUUCUAGAUCGAUCCUAUUGAAAAUUCCAUCGUGCGCGUCGUUAGCGCGUCGACGAAAGGAAAAAAAGAGAGGCGACUUGAGGGUCGACAGGGUAUUUUCAUAAAAAACAACAUGGGAUCCUUCUAAGGGGCAGGGGGGGGUUGGUUUUAGAAAGCAAGUUACGACCGAGGAGGAGGGUGCGUUAGUUCAGCCCUCGGUCGCGGGAGUGCACACACUCGCUCGCGCGUGCAUGCACGAGUAAGCGCCAAUGCAGCACCUGAGUGACUGCAUCGAAUAUCCUCGUUCGACGAGGCGUCACCGGCUUACCCCCUGUUCUACAGGGGUUCGAUUCGCGUUCCCCUUAGCGACUGGUUGUUUGUGUUAUACCGUCGACGAGAGUAUUAUAGAAAAGAAAGAGAAAUUCACCGAGUUACGAACUAACGAGGAGAGAUACUUGUGUUUACGUUCUUUAAUUUCGGAUACAAUUCGCGAUAAAAAGAUAAAAUUUCUUUUGUCGAUUCAUUGAUUCAUUUCAAACGAUACGAGGAAUAUCCUUUGAUAAUAUUCCAUUGGAUACGUCCGAGUAUAUUCCAGGAAAAAUUUUCUGUUGUCGAGAAGCUUUGAUGGAAAAGUUUGGACGUUAUCCGCGAGGGAACGCAAUUUCAAGGCGUCGCUGAGAGAUCCUCGAUCAAAGGACGAAAGAGGACGGAUCUCCUUCGCGCAGGAUAAAAAGCCGUUGGCUCCUGCGAGAGAGUCGACGGAAUCGAUAGACGCACAUGCGCGCUCGCGACAGGAGGCGAGUACGCGGUCUCCCGUGCAAAAGAGAGAGGCCGAGAACGUGUGCGCGCACACGAACGUCGCAAGGAGGGAAUCGAGAGAGAGAGAGAGAGAGAGAGACAGAGAGAGAGAGAGAGAGAGAGAGAGAGAGAGAGAGGGCGAGGGACAGAACGCCGCUCGACUCCACGUUGAAUCCCCUCGCGGAUCAGCAUCCAGUACUCGUACCACUACGACGGAUCCGAUAACACACGGCCGAGAGAGUCCUCUCUCCUCGAUCCUUACUCCGUUUGUCCUAACCGGUUCGUUACGAGAAACGAUCGUUUAGAAAGAAAAUCGAUCGCGAUUUCAUCGCGCGUGCCAACGCGUUAUCGUCGAUCCAAUCGAAUUUUGGAUGAUACGAGAAAUAAUCUUUUCAUCGGUAGUUAAAGUCAACAAAGUCUAAUGAGUUUAUAAAACGACGCGAGUCGAUCUUUUAACCGUGUGUCGCACGGAGUACUAUUUUUCUUUUUUUGUCAUUAGUGUUGAUAUUUUCGAGUCAAGGAGAAAGAUGCCUUUUAAUAGGGUUCUUUCGUUGGCCGUCCUUGUCGAAGGAACGCGAGAAACGUCGGAAAACGGUCCACGUGACUCUCCAUCCGAUCGAGCUACGUGCUCCGAUAAUAUCGAUAUUAAACGACGAAGCAAAGACGAAGAAGGGAACUAUACGCUUUCGUCGUACGUUUAGAGAAUAGCGAAGACGAGUGUUUUCACAGCGUGUACAGAUGGAUAGGCUGUUCCGAUGGAAAAGCCACAAGGCGCACGAUGUCGGUCUCGAUAAUGUGAGCUCGGCAACCCUCAGGCCCUUCAACUCGGACAUCAAUACUCCGAGAAUCGACAGCUACAGGUUUUCUAUGGCCAAUCUCGAAGAUUCGCAAGAUGUCGACCUGGAUGCAAUUCUCGGUGAACUGUGCGCAUUGGAGCGACGUUGCGACGGUGAUAUCGCGGCUACUCCGGCACAAGAUUCUCAAAGACAAGGACGUCCCAAUAACGGAAGGAUCACCGCCACCGAUAACACGGAUAUCGGCAAAAAUGAAGGUGGCAUUCGCACGGACAGUCCCGACAACGAUAGCGCAUUUUCGGACACGGUUUCGAUGCUGUCCAGCGAGAGUUCAGCGAGCAGCAGCGGCUCGGGACACAAGCCACCUCAGAGCGCCAUGCAUACGGCUCCUCAACAACAGCCGCAUCAACUUAUGGAUGCCGCGAGCAGAGCGAAAGCCGAGAAGAUACGGCUGGCGUUGGAAAAGAUGAGAGAGGCAAGCGUUCAAAAGCUCUUUAUUAAAGCUUUCACGUUGGAUGGGAGCGGCAAAAGUCUCCUCGUAGACGAGGGAAUGAGCGUGGCUCACGUAUCGAGGCUUCUCGCGGACAAAAAUCACGUGCCAAUGGAUCCAAAAUGGGCCGUGGUCGAACACUUGCCGGAUCUCUUUAUGGAAAGAGUAUACGAGGAUCACGAGCUAUUGGUGGAAAAUUUGUUACUAUGGACGAGAGAUUCGAAGAACAAGUUGUUAUUCGUUGAGAGGCCGGACAAAACACAACUCUUCCUAACUCCUGAGAGAUUCCUGUUAGGUCCCUCGGAUAGGUGUAGCAACGAAUACGACGAUCAUUCGCGUAAUAUAUUAUUGGAGGAAUUUUUCUCAAGCAGUAACGUCGGCGUUCCCGAGGUCGAAGGACCGUUGUACUUGAAGUCCGACAGUAAGAAGGGUUGGAAAAAGUAUCAUUUCAUACUACGAGCAUCUGGCCUUUAUUACUGGCCCAAAGAGAAAGCUCGUACCGCCAGAGAUCUCGUAUGUUUAGCCACGUUCGACGUGAACCAAGUUUAUUACGGUGUCGGCUGGAAGAAAAAGUACAAAGCACCGACAGAUUUUUGUUUCGCCGUAAAGCAUCCGAGAUUACAGCAACCCAAAUCGACGAAAUACAUAAAGUUUUUAUGCGCGGAAGACAACGCGUCUUUGGAGCGAUGGAUGGUAGGCAUUAGAGUGGCCAAAUACGGUAGGCAGCUAAUGGAGAAUUACAGAACAUUGGUGGACGAGCUCGCGCAGGAAGACCUCGAUCUAUUGGCGCACGCGAGAUCGUGCUCGGUCAGCUCGAUCGCCGUACCACCUAAUCAAACUCAAUAUAAUACGACCAACGACAAUGCACGGCAAUUCAUCGAAAAUGCAAGGCACGAGACCCAAGCGACGGCGAGGCAAUACGAUGGUCAACAACGGCAGAGUUACAAUUCGGAACAGCGACAAAGUUAUAACAACGAUGGAAGGCUUAGCAGAGCCAGUAGUUCGAGUUCAAGCGGAUGUUUGUCCGAUGGAGCACCGAGUAGUUGCGAGGUGGCCUUCGAGUGUGGAGAAUUUCCAACCGGAACGAUAAAGCGAAAACCUUCCAUGAACCCGAAACUUCCGCUAACUUCGAUCACGAGGCAAUUGAAGGAGGUGGGCGAGACAGUACGCGACGAGCCGGACUCUUGUCCGAGUCCAACCAGCUCCGGUUCGGGUACCUUAACCAGAAGACACAGCCGCAGAAGAAGCGGCACCGAUUCGGACGGAUCGGGUACCCUAAAAAGACAUCACAGAUCCGGCAACGCUACUCCGGUCAGUCCUGUACCACCUGGAACGCCGGUGAGAGAGAGAGCCAGUCCUAUGGGAUACGGGAGAACGGAGAGUCAAGAGUCCAAGACGCCGACCAGUCCUAUACAACCGUGUAUGAUGGAUUCUAUCACGUCGUUGCCACCUCCACCGUCGCCCUCGAGAGUCGCCGAAGAAGGGGAAUCGGAUAGCGAACCUUUACCACCGCCGCCACCAGAAAUGUUCCGUUCGAAUCUCUCCCUGGACUCGUUACCGCCACCGCCAGGGGUAGGCGAACUUCCAGUUUGUAACACGCCCGAGUUGACUGGCUCCUCAUUGAGUCUCGCCUCCUUACCACCGCCGCCGAGUCCUCUGGUCGGUGAGACCGGCACGAUACGCCGUGCGAGACCGGCGAAAACUUCGAGUCCGGCGAAUUCUAUGACACCCGAGAGCACGCCUACGCACGCCGCUUCCUCCAGGCCAUCCAACAGCAAUAAUCAGACGUAUACGAGCGCGACGAGUAUCGCGACGCCAAAUGCUUCUGCUCUUCAAAACAGUCAGAGUUACGGGAGCAGCAGCAACGCCGCGACGAACUCGUCGAAUUCUCCACACAGUUCCUAUCCUGGCUCGAGCGCCAGUACACCGACAUACGCACCGAGUUCACCAAGUUUCACGUCCCCACCACCCUUCGUUCCACCCCCGGCUUAUGGUUCUCAAGCGCAACACGUCGGCACGCAAAGCUUAACGAGACAAAAUUCGAAAACCGAGUCGAUCUACGGGAGUCAUCAGAGUGGCCACAAUACCGUACCCAAUCCGAUCAGGCCCAAUCCGAACAUGGACACGGUCAGAAGGAGUGCCAUGAAGCAAGGUACGAGCCAUUACGCCGCUCCGCCCUAUCUCGCCGAAUUGAAAGCCGCAUCUAGCCCGCAACCACAGCGCCGAGUGACCAUUCAAGAACCACCGACCUCACCCAAGUCGAAAGGCGGUACGGGCAAGAAGAUAACGUUCAAUUUACCGGCGCAACAAGAACCCGGUAGUCCGGCGUUGCCGCAAAGAAAGCCAAUGCCACCGAGAAGAUCCGACAGUACUAGAUUGACUUCGCCGAAAAAACUAGCUGCCUCGGAUCAGGCACCACCUGGUGACUUUUUGAAGGAUCUACAACGCGUUAUGAGAAAGAAAUGGCAGGUCGCGCAAAAGUGUAAACUCGACUCGACCACGACGCCCCACGAGGUCUUAGGUUUUCGAGAUCCGCCACCUGCCGUAGCCGAUUACAGAGAGACCAAUGUCUCCAAUUGGGUACAGGAACAUUACGGGGUGGACAAUCUCUAUGAAAACGUUUACACGACGGAUCCACAUGCACCGCUCGAAUAUGCCUCGAGUCCUGCUCGUCAGCCUACCGUCAGAUUCGCCGACGAAAAUCGUAGCAUCAAUAUCGUCAACGUGAUCGCCAGUAAAAGGAGACCACCUCCGCCACCGCCGAAAAGGGCGGAGACCACGCAUUUGACCACGACCAGGGCGAUGCACUGACAAUAGCAGAUAAUACAACCUCAUCCGGAGAGGCGAUGGUAUUGCUGCUUGUGCGGCUGGUGGAAGGACUGAUAAAGGAGGAUUUUUCACCCUUUUCUUCCAUCCCUUUUGUGGUUCAGCGUUAGCUUCGACGUUGCUUCGCCUCGCUACCUGAUUUCAAAACGAAUCGAGAGAAAGAGAGAGAGAGAGAGAGAGAGAGAGAGCACUUUUCUUUUCUCCCUCUUUUACACUUUCUCUCUUUCUCUCUUGAAAAGAUUAAGCUUCGCUUUAUCGCUCCUCGUCGAAUCUUUCUUACGAUAUCAAUGACCGAUAAAAUUUACUUUAUCCUAUAAAACGAAAUGGAUUCAACGAUAGGAUACGAACGAGUCCCUUCGUUUGUUACGUCGAUAUCGUAAAGACGUUCGAUGUCAGCGCGAAUAUCAGCGUCGGAUAAAAACAAAGCUUUAUCAUUUGUCCUACCAAUUUUUCUCCAAGCGCGCAUUACUUUUGUAUCCUUUGCAAAUAUGGGACGCUGCUUGACAAAUGAACGUUUAUCUUUGAUCGUCUUGAAACGUUUCCUAUUCGAGAAACGUCGUGAUGGUUGUGUCCGAUUGGAAACGUUGAUCGCUGUCGAAAAAUAAUCUCGAAAGAGAUGAUAUCGUGCUUCGAGUAGAUGCCGUGCUUAAUGCUCGAUUUAAGGUCGCUACUCGACACGUAGAAAACACUGCCGCACUCGUUAACGAUGUGAUAUAAUAUAAAGCUUAAGGUCCUGCCUGCUCGCUAAAAAGAAGAAGAGUACUUUCUUGUGUAACGGAGAUAGGGGAAGGACGCGUUAUUAGUCGAACGAUCGUAAAGCGAUCGAAUGCUAAUGCGUAUCGUUUCGCUUGAUAAUUAAAAAAAAAAAAAGAGAAAAAAAGAAAAAAAAAAGAAAAAAAAUAAAAUAUUAAGAGGAAGCGUCGUCGUACGGUGUUGAUUAUGCUCGCGCUUCCGACUGUUCGUUUUUGCAUAUGUUCUCUCGCGAAUCGGAGGCGCUCUUCUUUCCUUUCCUUUCCUUUCUUUCUUUCUUUCUUUUUUCUUUCUCCCCCCACCCUCAAUCCCAUCCCACCCCCACUCCCACCUCUCCCAAUAACCAAGGUGCUUUACAACGCAGUAAAUAAAAGAAAAAGAAAAAAAAUGGGUAACAUCGAUAGAAGAGUUAGCGCGCCGCUCAUCGACGUUUGCGCUUUUAAUAAAGGAUCCUUAUACAUAGGUAUACAUGUAUAUAGAAACUAAUACAUAUGUGUGUUUAUAUCGAUAUAAUUGACAAUGAUGCUGUAUGUGUAGGUAUGCCGUAUCCUUCGAAGUACGCUCUAAUGACGUGGACACGAUGAAUUAGGAAUAAAAAGAAAAUAAACGAUUUUUAUUCGUUUCUCGAGAGACACGAGAAUGUCGAAUUCUCUUUACAUAUUCGUCUUCGAGGGAGGAGAUGAGUUCCUUCGAGAGUUCGAAACUCGUGUACUCUUUUCAUCGCGAUUAUACAAAUACUAUAAGUAUACGUAUGUAUUUACAAACAUGAGAUCUCGUUUAUGCCAUUUUUUUCUUCGUUCGCUUUGUUUCAUUCUUAAUGAUAUACAUAAAGACAUGUAUAUGUAUACAUAUUGAAGCUAUGAAAGCAAGAUGAUCGUGUCCGCUUGCUCCUUCUUCUUCUUCUUCUUCUUCUUCUUCUUCUUCUUCUUCUUCUACUUCUUCUUCUUUUUUCGAAAUGAUAAAAAAAUAUCGCCGAGUAUGGAAACGAUAUACGAUUACGUGUGUGUAUAUAUUUCCCAGCCAUAGAAGACGAAGGAAAUGGGAGAUCAAGGUGGCAAUUUAAACAAAGUACGAGCUACUCUAUCGCGGAGAACGAUGAAACUUCGAUCGUCGUAACCCCGACGACACCUGCGUAUAAUAUAUACUAUAUAUAUAUACCUGUAUAACGUGCAUCGUGCACUCCCUUUCUUUACGUCGUCCUUAGGAAGGAUGAAACGAGCGACGAAAAAUGGAAAAAAAAAAUAAAAAAAAAAAAAAAAUAAAAAAAAAGAAGAAAAAAUAUUUUAUCGAUUCGAGCAGGGACAAAGACGACGAAGAUGGAAAUCGAAUCGCUUUGACGCGAGAUGGAUCGAUGUUCGACUUUACUUGCGCGUAAUCGUCAAUGGAAUUUUCAGCAAUGAUAAACGAACAAACACUCGUAACACUUGGACGUACGAUGAUCGUAUACCGUAAUAAGUCUGAUAUAUACUUUUGUAUCUCGAUUUUUGGAAAACUUUAAGGGCCGACACCCCUCGUACUCUCUGCUCUCAGCCUAGUAUCGCGAUUUUCAUCGACCGCGUAACCUUUGAAAUUCAUUCAAACGAGUCUACGAGACUCGAAAUUCCUUUGGUACAUAUUAUAUACAUCGCUAUAACGCAGACUAUCGUAUAUUGAACACUAUAAAACAAAAAAAAAAAGAAGUAAAUAAGAAAAUAACAGAACCGACUUGUAACGAGCAGAAAUGUCGAUGUGUCGAUUAUAAGUGUGAAAAUCCGCGUUUCGCGUCUUAACAAUUAACGCGAUCUAAUCAAACUGAACCAAUAAUAUAAAAUAAUUUUUGAGAUUGAUAUAUACCGAUCUAUGGGACUAAGCCGAUUUAACGUCAGAACUUUUCAUACGUGAAUUUCUACGAAAAUAUCGUUCGUAUGUCUCUCAGCUCAUUCUAAUCUCUUUCUCUAUCUGUCCAUCUAUUUCUCUUUGUCACUGUUUAUCUGUGUGCGCUAAAGCGAUAAUCCUUAAGAGCUAGCAAUGUCGCAAGGAAGGAAGGAAGGAUUUUUUUUUUCUUUUCUUUUUUUUUUCUUUUCUUUUCUUUUUCUUCUUUUUUAUUUUAUUCUUCUAUGCUAUAAGCUACGUACGAGAUUUAAGGAUGGGAAAAGCAUUCUUUUAAAAGCGAAGAGUCAUUGGCUUAGUGGUUUGAAGCCUUUAAAUGUUUGCUCACCGUUCGUCGUUCGACGAUCGUCUUGGUCGUACGUAUGUACGUCGAACGUACGUACGUACGUACGUAACGUCGAUGACAAAUCGAUUUGGUAUGCGAAAUCGCGAUACGCGAUGGAGAUUGUAGACUUUGACUCGUAUGCGUGUGUAUGGCGCGAAAACUCGCCAUUUUUCUUCUAUUUCUUUUGGAUCGAUUGAGAUAGAAUAAAAUUCUUGUCUCGGUAAAAGGGAUCGAUGUGUGUGUAUAUAUAUAUAUACACAUAUAUAUAAAGUAAGAUCUAAGAAAUUGAUUAAAAAGAAAAAACA